AGACCCUAAAAAAAAACCAUUUUAGUAAACAUUAAUUGUAUCAAAAUGGCUGGCCACGUUGCUUUUUUAUUCCUUAUUAUAUUUUUUGAUGCGAUAUUGGCUGAUGAAGGAAGACAUAGUCGAUUUGAAUAUAAGCUGAGUUUUAAAGGGCCUCAUAUAGCUACAAAACAAGGAGCUGUUCCAUUUUGGACGCAUUAUGGAAGUGCAAUUCCUAGUGACGAGCAGAUUAGAAUUACCCCUUCAUUAAAGGAUCAGAGAGGUGGCUUGUGGACAAAAACAAUCAGCUCUACUGAGUUUUGGGAAGUCGAAGUGUAUUUUAAAAUUUCUGGUCGUGGAAGAGUAGGCGGUGAUGGAUUAGCUGUUUGGUUUACCGAAACUGCAGGCUUACCUGGUCCAGUUUUUGGAAGUUCAGAUAAAUGGAAAGGAUUAGGACUCUUUUUUGAUUCCUUUGAUAAUGAUGGAGAGCAAAACAAUCCUUAUGUGAUGGCAAUGGUGAAUGAUGGUGAUGUAAACUAUGAUCACUUCAAAGAUGGAAACAAACAACAACUCGGAGGCUGUAUGCGAGACUUCAGGAAUCGACCAUAUCCAGUUCGUGCAAAGAUUCGAUAUUAUAAUAAUGUGCUCACUGUAUUUUAUCAUGCUGGCAUGACUGAAAAAUCUGAUGAUUAUGAGCUUUGCAUGAGAGCAGAAAAUGUUAAACUUCCAAAAAGUGGUUAUUUUGGUGUAACAGCAGCUACUGGUGGUUUAGCAGAUGAUCAUGAUGUUUUGAAGUUUCUCACUCACAGUCUUACGCCCCCACUUACUGAAGAACAAAAAAAGAAAAGUAUUACUGAAGCUGAUAGAAAAAAGUAUGAAGAACAAUAUGGUGAAUUUAGUUCAAAACUUGAAACUCAAAAGGAGGAGUUUAAAAAAGAUCAUCCUGAUAAAAAACCAGCAGAAGAAAAGUUUGAAACAGUUUAUGAGCGUGAUGUGCGUUUAAUGUAUGAAGCACAGCAAGAAAUGCAUAAAAUUAUGCGUGCAUUGCAUGGUAAGACAGGUGAGCUGACUCAGGAAGUCAAUAACUUGCAUAGUGCUGUAAGCAAACAACAAAAUAGUGGUGGAAGUGUUGACUAUAGUAUGCGACAGGAUAUUGGAAAUAUUGUCAGUUUACAAAAUGAUGUUCAUAGAUAUGUAAAAGAUAUUGCAUCUCGCAUUAGCAACAGUGAUGUAAAAAAGCUGGAACAGAUAGAGCAAAAUAUAAGAACAAUAUUAGAAAAUGUUGGUCAUUUAAUAUCAAAGAAUCAAGAUAACAAAAAGUCUUGUCCAAGUUGCGUUUCAUCUAGCUAUUUUACUUUUUUUCUUUGUAUGCAAAUAAUUCUUUUUGUAGGUUAUGCGUUAUAUAAAAAUCAACAAGACAAAGUUCAUAAGAAAUUUUAUUAGAACUUUUUAUAUGUAGAAAAUUGAUAUUAGCAUAUUAUUACGUUAUAUUAACUUAAUAGCUUAUUUUCUUCUAUGCAAUUUUUAUUGUAUAAAAAAUCCUCUAAAAUUAAAUUAUAUUUAUUAUAUAUUAGAACAAUAUUGUUUGCUAUUUUAGUUUAAAUAAUGUAGCUAGAUUAUGUGACAAUUUUGUAUUAUCGUAUUUACUUUAAAGGUUAAAACAAGAUAUCUACGAUUUUUUA